UAAUGAGAGAGAGAGAAGAAAGAAUGAAAGGUGAUGAAGAAGUCCCCACAACUGCCUGUCUUCGCUCUGGACAAAUCUGCCACCUUACAAUAAUGCAGAAGGCGCUCUGCAAAGGAUUCCAAAAUAACAAUACUCAGAUCUAAAACACUAUCCGUAAACUAAACUCUCCCUCUCUCUCUCAAUCUUAAUCUCUCUAUGGCUCCGACUUGCUACAGCAUUUCGACGCUCAGCUUUGGUUUAUAAAUUCGUACCUUGUAUGAUCACAUAUGUUCUUCCUACGACACCUAUCCUCUUUCUCUCUUCUCCUUCUCUAGCACUCGGAGCCGCCUAAAAGCACUUUAUUUGAGGAAUUUAAGAAGAAGAUGGCUUAUUUAGGAGAUCAGGGAGAGCAAGCUGAGGGAAUUUAUUUUGUUUUCAUUUAAAGGAAGUGGAGAAGUCAGAGGUACUUAUACUGCUGCAGCUGUUACUGUUUUAAUGGAGAGGCUCCACAGGCACAUUAACUCCUUUUCGCAGUUUUUGGAAGAGUGCAUGGAAUCGAAGGAGUUGAGCGGCGCGAGCUCAGCUCUUGAAGCUGUUUUUCAUGGAGGGAAUAGAGAAGGGAAACUCUCUUCCUUUUUUCCAGCGGUGGCUGAGAGGAAGAAGAGGAAAAGGGUGGCGGCGAAGAACGGCCGGGCGGAGAGAGUGGAGGCGGAGAGCCAGAGGAUGACGCAUAUAGUGGUGGAGAGAAAUCGUCGGCGGCUUAUGAACGAGCAUCUCUGCGCGCUUCGAUCUCUUAUGCCAUCCUCAUUUGUGCAAAGAGGAGACCAAGCAUCCAUUAUCGGCGGAGCGAUUGAUUUCAUAAAAGAGUUAGAACAGAUGCUUCUAUCUUUUCAAGCAGAGAAAGUCAGCCGAUCUUCGCCGUCGCCUGCGGAGGAUGGGUGGUCGCCAGCGGCGGCCACCGUCAGCAGCUUUUUUGUAUCGCCGCAGUAUACAGGGUAUUGUUUUGGUCUGCGGCGAGCGGAUGAAGAGGGGGAGAGCGAGGUGGAUGUGGAAGUGACAGCCGUGCAGGGACACGUUAACUUGAAGGUGGCGGGGAGGAGGAGGCCGGGGCAGCUGGUGAAAGCCAUUGCCGCCAUUGAAGAGCUUCGGCUUACCGUUCUGCAUCUCAGUAUUACUUCUCUCGAUGCCGUCUCUGUUCUCUAUUCUCUUAACUUAAAG